AUGUCCAACAAAACACAAUUCACAGAUCUAGCAGAUCCAGAAGCGCUGAGCGUAAAAUCGGUCGACACUGUGAAGCCUGGUGUUCGCAAAGGUGUCUACCUCUCCUCUAUUGUGGCUGCCAUUGGCGGCUUCCUCUGUGGUUUCGAUACCGGUGCAACAAGUGGUGUUCUUACCAUGGUGCCAUUUCAGGAGCGCUUCUUCACAGAAGAAAAUUUAGGAUAUCUACAGGGGCUCCUGUUAGCCCUUUUCUUAAUGACGGCUGCGCUGGGCGCGUUUUUCUCUGGCUUUUUCUGCGAUCGAUUCAGCCGAAAGUAUUCCAUCGUGGGUGCAUCUAUUUUAUUCUGUAUCGGCAACAUCUUUCUCGUUAUCGGUCACAACUUUGGUCUUUUGUUGGCUGGACGCCUCGUUGGUGGUCUGGGUGCUGGUCUGAUGACAAAUGGCAUUCCUUUAUACCAUUCCGAAAUUGCCCCACCCGAUAUCCGUGGCAGACUCAUCAGUUUCUUCACGUUGAUGAGUACGUUUGGGCAAGUCGCUGGCUAUUUCGUUACUUUUGGUACGAGUUACCUUACUACCAACUGGUCGUGGCGAGCUCCCUAUUUGCUACAAUCCUUGGUAUGUCUGAUUUUUGGCAUUUCAAUGCUCUUUAUGCCGUUCUCGCCCCGUUGGUUAGUCGACAAAGGACGCACUGAAGAAGCUUGGACCGCAUUGACCUCACUUCGCGGUGUCGGUUAUGUGCAAGAAGAGUUUGACGAGAUUAAGUCCGAAAUCGAAUUCGAGCGUUCCCUGGGCAAGCGCACGUAUGCCGAAUUAUUCGCCCCUACCAACCGAAACCGUUUCUUCUCUGCUGCAUUUGUUGCCAUUGCAACGUCAUUCACCGGCAUCGUUGCUAUCUGGUACUAUGCUCCUCAGAUCUUCCUCACAGCCGGUCUGUCGGAUGUCUCGUCGUCAAUUGCUGCCACUGGUGGUACUGGUCUCCUGUCGCUGGUGUGCGCCGCAAUCUCUCUCCAGUGGGUCAUUGAUACGUGGGGACGCAAGAAGCUGUUUUUGAGCGGAUCGUUGAUCAUGGCCAUCAGUAUGUUCAUCGUCGGCGCCAUGUUCCAGGUUUACACUUUUGUGGAUGUCGAGACGGGCGAGGUUGUUCUUACCAAUACCAACGCCCGAAACACGAUCAUAGCGUUCCUGUAUAUUUUUGGUGGCACUUAUGCUUUCACGUGGGGCAUCGCGACGUAUGUGUAUCCGGCCGAGGUUUUCAACAUGCGCACUCGCGCCAAGGGCAUGGGUCUGGUGUACGGUUUGAACUGGGCUUUCUCCAUCAUGAUCACCUAUUGCGUUCCUCUGUUCAUGGCGUCCUCGGUUUCUGGUGUCUACUUUUUCUUUGGUGCGUGUCAAGUUGUAACGAUCGCUGGUAUCUGGUGGCUGCCCGAGACGAAAGGGAGGACCUUGGAGGAAAUGGAGUAUGUAUUUGGCGCAAAGUGA